UCACUUGAUCACUAUAAUAUUGAGAACUAGAAGAAAGAAAGUUUGAAUGGAUAUAUCUACCUCAAAAUAUAGUGGUGCCACUAGUGAAUCUGGUUGGACCCAAUACUUGGACCAAUCCUCUAUUUCUGAGAGUUAUUUGCAAAGAAAAGAUGGACAUGGAGAGUAUAAAGGAAAGGGAAGAAGAAUGAGUAAGGAGGAGAAAUUUGAAGAAGAUUUAUCCAUGGUCUCUGAUGCUUCUUCUGGACCUCCACAUUAUGACAAUGAAUAUUGUGAUCUUUCUUCUACAACCAAGGAAUACAUGAAGGAGAAAAAUGUCAAAAAAUAUGAUAGAAUUAGUCAACAACCUUCACCUCUUGAUGACACUGCUAGCUCCCCAUUUUUCACUUGUCCCAAGAAGAGUCACAAGAAGCAAGACAAUUUAUCAGGGAAUGGAGCAGUGAAAAGUGCAUUGGAUUUUUCCAAGUGUAUAUGUGCAACAAGAAAAAAGGUUAGGUGAACUUGGUGAAGAAGAAAGAAAGUGAAAGAUUUUAAGGUAAUAAUUGUCACUGCUAUUGCAUUGUUGUGGAGAGAGAUAGACAAGAGGAUGUCAAAGGAGAGAAACUGUACAAUUCAAUGUUUGUCAAAAGGAAUAUUUUCUUUUGCUUACUUCUGUUUUUAAUUUUUUUUAAUGGGAAUUUAGUUUAUGUUAAAAGGACCUAAGUUGUUUUACU